UCCGGGGAGCGGAAGCGCCUUCAAUGCAGGCCUGUGGGCAGGGGCGUGGGGGCGCACACAGACACACGCCUGGGUGACCUCUACGUAUAUACGGAGCCUCCCUGGCCCUCCUGGAAAGAGUCCUGGAAAGACAACCUUCAGGUCCAGCCCUGGGGCUGCAGGAGUGGAGCCCCACUCUGAAGACGCAGCCUUUCUCCAGGUUCUGUCUCUCCCAUUCUGAUUCUUGACACCAGAUGCAGGAUGGUGUCCUCUCCCUGCACGCCGGCAAGCUCACGGACUUGCUCCCGUAUCCUGGGACUGAGCCUUGGGACUGCAGCCCUGUUUGCUGCUGGGGCCAACAUGGCACUCCUCUUUCCUAACUGGGAUGUGACCUACCUGUUGAGGGGCCUCAUUGGCAGGCAUGCCAUGCUGGGAACUGGGCUCUGGGGAGGAGGCCUCAUGGUACUCACUGCAGCUAUCCUCAUCUCCUUGAUGGGCUGGAGAUACGGCUGCUUCAGUACGAGUGGGCUCUGUCGAAGCGUGCUUACUGCUCUGUUGUCAAGUGGCCUGGCUUUACUUGGAGCCCUGAUUUGCUUUGUCACUUCUGGAGUUGCUCUGAAAGAUGGUCCUUUUUGCAUGUUUGAUGUUUCGUCCUUCAAUCAGACACAGGCUUGGAAAUAUGGUUACCCAUUCAAAGACCUGCAUAAUAGGAAUUAUCUGUAUGACCGUUGGCUCUGGAACUCCAUCUGCCUGGAGCCCUCUGCAGCUGUUGUCUGGCACGUGUCCCUCUUCUCCGCCCUUCUGUGCAUCAGCCUGCUCCAGCUUCUCCUGGUGGUCGUUCAUGUCAUCAACAGCCUCCUGGGCCUUUUCUGCAGCCUCUGCGAGGAGUGA